UAUGCUUUUGCAUCUCACAUCUCUGAAAUUCCUCAUCGUUCUCCCGGGAAGGUUUUUUUUUUUUGUGAGAAAGUUUUCUACCUGUGAAUCUCUUUCUGUUGUUUGAGAAGAAGUACAAGAAGAAAUGGCAGGCAGAUCUUCUAAAGCAAACGCACCGAAGCCAAGGAAGAGGGUGGAAGCUGAAUCCGCGAACGCAUCAUCCUCCACCCUUCUACGUGCCAAAGAUGGUAGCGCCUUCGCUCGCUGCGAGGAGUGCAAAAGGGAUGUACCUGUGGCCCUUAUCAGCAUGCACAGUUGCAGUCUCGACGCUAAGAUUAAGAUGAAUCUGGAAGCCCAAGUUGUUGAAUUACAAGCAGAGCCUAAGAAGAAACCUGCCGAGAGGAAGAAGCCAACAUCUGAUGAGCCUAAGCCUAAGAGAUUAAGAAAGUUGAAGGAUGAGAAAAAGAGCAGUGCCUCAAACAAGCCCAAGCGUCCUCUCACUGCUUUCUUCUUGUUCCUGGAUGAUUUCAGAAAAACGUUCAAGGAGGAAAACCCUGGUUCCAGUGUGAAAGAUGUUGCCAAGCAGGGUGGUGAAAAGUGGAAAUCUAUGACUGAUGAAGAAAAGAAGCCGUACACGGAUAAAGCUGCUGAGCUCAAGGCGGUAUACAACAAGUCAUUGGAAAGUGAGAACGCUGGAAGUGAAGAAGAGGGAGGAGAGGCGGAGAAGAAAUCCGACGAGGGUGAUGGGGCUGCUGAGAGUGAAGAGAACGAGGCUACAGAGAAUGAAGGUGAAGAGAAAGAAGUUGAAGCUAAGGAAGAGGAAGAAGAGAUUUUGGAUGACUACUAGAAAAAGCCAUCAUCUUUACCCUCUUAGCCCCUAGUCUCUGUUUUAAUGAAUCGAAGCAUCAAAGGAUUUUGAACCCUAGCUAUGGUGGCAUUAGUUGUUCUGGUUUGCCACAGAUGCAUGCCUUUUUGGUUUCUGAUGCAUUGUCCAGUCAAUGAAUAUAUAUAACUUUCAGCACUUGCCCCUCUCUCA